AUGGCUACAGCAACUGCUCCUCGUAAGACUAUCUCAAUCUACGACUACCCGGAACAUUUGAACCCCUUUCAUGAGGAGGACAAUCACAACAAGAUUCGGUUCUGGACUCUGGGCAAGCGACUAAACCGAUCGAACAGCAUCAGUUUCUCUGGCCUGAAGGACCUGAAGAAUUCUUGGGCCUUUCGGUCUUUUAUGAAGAAAGGAAAGAAGGGGCAGCAACACACUUCCUCAGAAAAAUCAGCGAGCAAUAAUCAAUUAAAUGGGGAAACUUCGCCUAUUGUCUACAGAAGAGCGCUGCAAUAUUCAACAGCGUCGACGACAGGUGCUCGGAGUACAGUAGGGUCUCCUGAUCGCUAUGUGUACGGUGGCUCCAUCACUCCCCUGCCUCGCUCCCGGUUUCAAGAGCGACUUAGGAGUACCAGCCAUCAUGAAGUUCAAUCAUUGAGUACAACCCCGCGGUUGGCCCGAAGCGAAGUGUCAGGGUCUCGACUGAGCGUCGAGAGUACAAACCCGUUCGACGAAGAUGGACCUGUACCUCCUGUCCGCGCUUCAAGACGUAAGAAAAAGCGCGCUCCUCUACCACCUGGGCCCGUCUACACGACUCCUGAGUCAGCUGAUACAACGGUGACCAGUGUGACUUCAGAACUAGAAAUAAGUAAAACCGAGGACAAGAAAUUGAAUAACACUGAUGGCGAUUUAGAAAUAGAAGACAUGAACUUGAAUAUUGAACUCAAAAUAGUGGAAGAUGAAGAUGUGAAAGACAAAACAGAAUCUGUAGACGAUAAGCCAAAGAGUCCUGACGCCGUUAACAAUAAUACUGAAGUCUCGGUAACUACGACGGAAAAAGUAGACAACGAAGAAACAAAACCUACUGAAUCCAAAGAAAGCGAAGUAACACUUAGAAGUUCAUCGGAAGAGGACAUCCUAAGCUCAGCUGCAUUCCCUAAAAUAGACAUCGUAACAUACAGACGUAACUCUAGCGUUAAUGAAGAUGACAUACGAUUACGACGAGGUAAUUUAGAGGACUUCCAGACACUUAAUAAUAAAAGAAGUAAGAGCCUCACUAAUACCUUAGACACGACGUACACAACAUACGAUAUUAACUUAAAUGAGAACAUCGUGCACACUAAUGGAAACGACGCGCCGCAGAAAGUUGUAUGCAAACUUUAUGAAGAUCCACAAACUAAAAAGAGUAUUGAAACAAUAUCAAGUACAGAGAAAGAGUUUUUGGAAAUAGACAGAGCUACUAGAGAACUUGAGAGAGAGAUAAACAAACUGAACUCCGCUUUAAACGAGGAUGAUAUUCCAAGCGUAGAAACAAGACUGUCGGUGUCGGAAAUCAAAAGAAGGUUCGAUAAAAAGGAUGCAUCGUCACCAAAUCCAAUACCAAAGCCUAGAAGGAGUCACUACGGAGGCGGCUCAAGUACUCCAUGA